AUAAAACAAUCGUUUUGUUGCCACUUUACGAAGUUUCGUGCUUAGAUCCGUUAAACAUGUUGCCGCUUUUAUUGUUUCUAAACUUCCUUCUAAGCGCGUCGGCUCUCAACGACAACGCAUUCCCCGAAAACUUCAAAUUCGGUGUCGCAACUGCGGCUUACCAAAUAGAAGGCGGCUGGGACGCAGACGGAAAAGGGGAAAACACGUGGGACCACUACACUCACUAUUUCCCGGACAGCAUCGCUGAUAAAAGUAACGGCGACGUAGCUUGCGAUUCCUAUCACAAAUAUAAGGAAGACAUCGAACUUCUGAAGGAACUGGGAGUGAGCGUCUACAGAUUCUCCCUUUCUUGGUCCCGAAUCCUUCCCCAGGGCACAGCGAAUUACGUCAACCAGGCUGGCGUCGAUUAUUACCUGAAUCUAUUGAAGCUCCUCAACGAGAGCGGCAUCGAACCUCUGGUGACAUUGUACCACUGGGAUAUCCCUCAGCCGUUGCAAGACCUGGGGGGUUGGAGCAACCCACUCAUGGUUAACUAUUUCGCAGACUAUGCGACCGUAGCUUUCGAGCUUUUCGGCGACUACGUCAAGAUGUGGGCCACCUUUAACGAACCUCAAAGCUUUUGCCUGAUGGGAUACAUUAACAACGAGUAUUCCCACUUCGCACCGGGUUACGACCUCGAGGCGGAGGGCUCGUACUUGUGCAGCGCAACCAUUUUGAAGGCCCACGCGAAAGCUUACCACAUCUACGACGAACAGUUUAGGGACAAACAAAACGGCAAAGUAUCUAUCGUUCUUGUCGUUAAUUGGAACGAGCCGGCGACCGACAGUGCCGAUGACAUGAAAGCUCAAGAGCUAGGCCUGCAAUUUGGGAUGGGAAUCUAUGCGAACCCGAUCUACGUGGGAAAUUGGCCCCAACUCAUGAUAGACAGAGUCGCGAACAGGAGCAAGCUGGAAGGUUAUUCGAAAUCCCGAUUGCCGGAAUUCACUGAGGAGGAGAUCAAGUACAUCAAAGGCACCUCAGAUUUCUUCUGUUUGAAUCAUUACACCACCGAUCUGGUGAGCUACGCUUACGAAGACGACAUGAUCGGCGUGAACUCCAGCUACACAUUAGAUAAGGGAAUCACAACUAGCUACAAUUCCAGUUGGAAAGAAGCACAAGUUUCGACUUGGAACCACAUGGUGCCGUGGGGUCUGAGAAAAAUGAUCAAUUGGGUGGAUCAGAACUACGGACAUCCGGAGAUUUUUAUUACGGAAAAUGGCUGGGCAGACGACGGCAGCAGUUUGGACGAUCCUGACAGGAUAGAGUACACUGAGGGAUACCUGAGUAGUGUUUUGGAUGCUAUUUAUGAGGACAACGUAAACGUUGUCGGGUACACUCAUUGGAGCUUGAUGGACAACUUCGAAUGGAGUUUCGGUUACACAUCGAAGUUUGGAAUGGUGUCCGUUGAUUUCAAAUCCGAAAACAGGACAAGGACGCCCAAGAGUUCGUACUAUUGGUACAAGUGCAUCAUUGAGGCGAGAUCCCUCGCUGACGAUUGCGCAGUUCCAAGCGAAUCCAGUGGCCGAUCUUUAGCAACGAAUGUGUUUGCAGUUAUCAUCUCCGUUAUCCUCGCCAUUUAUUACUUGUAACGUGCCACUACUGUAUCGGCUUCCCAGUCUUGAAAAAACACGGGGGGAGCUAUAGUUAUAGUACCAAAGUCUGAUGAAUCAAUAUAAUAAACGAUA